CGGCCACGAAGCCGCACCAGCACGAAUGGUGUAGCCUGUGCCUCGAUGUCAUGAGUCUCAAGAAACACAAUCACACGAUGCCAGUGUGCUUCCAAAACACGUCUUGAUGACACUGCGAAAACAAGCUUUAGGAAAAGCCUUGAUUCAACUCACCAGAAGGUCUUGGUAUGCUUUCUAUCUCUUAUCAACACGCGAGGACGUCAUCAACAGCAUGGUCGUCCCGACAAACCCUUGAGCUACUAUGGAAUAUCCUUUUGCCGGCCUUCGAGCUGCUUGUUGGAGUUUAGCUGCCAAUUAACCUUGACCAUCUCUGCCUCUCUUGUCGACAUCUCGUAUCAAUCGCAUGAAUUAGCCCAUCAUCCAGCAUGGUUAGUUUGCUGCCUAGAAACUCACGGUGCGGAGAAAAGUAUAAGAUAGUUGAUUGAGGCCUUUUGUCGCGUGAGUUUGUGUUCUGUCUCUCAUCAACAUACCUCUCAAUCAAGAUGUUUGGAGGAAAGAUUAUGCUAAGCAGCGCUGCUGCCUUGCUCUCGGCUACAGGAGUGUCCGCACUUGUCCCAGUUCUUGACAAGAGGCAGUACUUCCCUGCCAAUGCCACCGGCCUCAAGACCAUCACUACUCCCGGAUCAAAUGUCACCAUCCGUUACAAGGAGCCAGGCAAGGAGGGUGUUUGCGAGACCACACCCGGUGUUAACUCGUACUCUGGAUACAUCGACCUUGCUCCUGACAUGCACACUUUCUUCUGGUUCUUCGAGUCUAGGCGUGACCCUGCCAACGAUCCGAUUACACUCUGGCUCAACGGAGGCCCGGGAAGUGACUCGUUGAUCGGACUGUUCCAAGAACUUGGUCCUUGCAAUGUUACAGCCAACCUCACAACCCAGGUCAACCCAUACAGUUGGAGCGAAGUCUCGAAUAUGCUGUUCCUUUCCCAGCCUUUCGGUGUUGGCUUCAGUUACUCUGAGGAAGAGCAAGGCUCGUUCAACCCUGUCACUGGCUCCUUCCAGAACGCGACCGAGGCCAAUGCAACUGGUACUUACCCCGCUAUCAAUGCCACCGAGAUCGACACCACCGAUCUUGCCGCCAUUGCUGCCUGGCACGUUCUGCAAGGAUUCCUUGGUGCUUUGCCUCAACUCGACGCUGAGAUUGGAAGCAACAAGGAGUUCAACCUCUGGACUGAAUCUUAUGGAGGGCACUACGGACCUUCUUUCUUCAACUACUUCAACGACCAGAACAAGCUCAUCUCCAACGGAACCAUUCCUGGUGUCAAGCUCGACUUCAACACUCUGGGUAUUGGAAACGGUAUCAUCGACGAGUACAUUCAGGCACCUCACUACCCCGAGUUUGCUGUCAACAACUCUUACGGCAUCAAGUCCGUCAACGAUACUGUCUACAACUACAUGAAGUUUGCCUUGAACAUGCCCGGUGGCUGUCUCGAUCUGGUUGACAGUUGUCGCCAGUCCAGAGAGACCGGCCAAGAAAAUCUGGCCACGCAGACCAUCUGUUCUGAAGCACAGGAUAUGUGCAGAGAUAACGUUGAGGGACCUUACUACUCCUUCAGUGGUAGGGGCACAUACGAUAUCAGACACCCUCGCAACGACCCCACUCCCCCUGAGUACUUUGCCGAUUACUUGAACAUUGCUGAGGUCCAGAACGCUCUCGGUGUUAGCGUCAACUACACUGAGUCGAAUAACGACAUCUACUAUGCCUUCCAGGCCACUGGUGAUUUCGUCUAUAACAACUUCUUGACAGAUCUUGAGGAGCUGCUCGCUCAGGGCCUUCGCAUCAGCUUGUUCUACGGUGACGCCGACUACAUCUGCAAUUGGUUCGGUGGAGAAGCCAUCUCGCUCGCCAUGAACUACACCCACAGCAAGGAGUUCGCCGCAGCCGGUUACGAACCCUUCACUGUGGACGGAACCGAGUACGGUGAAGUUCGCCAGUACGGCAACUUCAGUUUCCUCCGCAUCUACGACGCUGGUCAUGAAGUUCCGUACUACCAGCCCCAAGCUGCGCUCGCCCUCUUCAACCGCACUCUUAACCACUGGAACAUUGCCGACGGUACUGAGAUGGUCACUGCCAACCUUACCAGUUACGGCUCGCCCAACGCUACUCACACUCAGUCUUUUGUACCUCUGCCUCCUACUUCGACUGCCAGUGCUUCUGCCACUGAUGGUGCUGAUAUUGUACCUAUCGGAUGGAGAUCUUAGAUCAGCAAUGAGAAGAGGUGCGCGACAUGAAUGUAGAGAUCAUGUUGUCGAAUCUACGUAUAAUGACAAUGGCUACAUAUGUCCCAGAAAGUAUGUAAAAUAUGAAAUCAAGACCGUAUGAUAACACAAAGAAAGUCGAAUGAGAUUG